AUACAAAGAAAAAAAACACAUACGUAGGUUAUUAGAUACAUACAUACAUGUAUUGUAUGUAUGAACACCGACUCAAACACCCCAUUGUUCUUUUGGGGCUUCUCAUCUGUUUUUAACAAACUCAUUUUUAGUGUUCAACCGUUACAUUCCUCAGACACCUCUCUCUCUCUCUCUCUAUCAUAUGAAAUUGUUUGCUUGAUAUUCUUAUGGGAUUGAUAUUAAAAUGAUCUAUUAUCCAAUUUAGAGAUGCCCAUUUGGAGAUUUUGGGGUUUAAUCUAAUUGGGGUGGUUUUUGUUCGUUUAUUUUUGUUUCAGUGUAGACAGAGUGAUAAAGGGCUAACGGUCACAACUUUAUGAUUCUUGAUGGACCCAAACGCUGUGGUUUUUGAUUUGAGUUCUGAUGAUGAUGUGGGGUGGGGAAAGAACAUAGGGGCUGAUGAUGAUGAUUGUGAUAGAGUUGAGGAUUGUAAAUGGAUUCAGGACUUUUUCAAUGAUGAUUCCGAUGAUGUGGUUUUUGUUAGUGAGGUUGUGGUGAAGCCAAAGGACAGGAAGUUGAAAAUUGUUACUAAUAAUUAUGUCAAAGAUUUCAAUCAUGGGGAUGAUGAUGAUGAUUGUGUGAUUUUGGAUGGUGAUCCUGAUAAGGAAGUUGAGGCUGUUGAAGGCUUGAAGACUCAGGAUGAUGCAACCCAAAGUGAUUCUGAUGAGCUGAUUGUUGUUGGGGAGACGGGGCAGGUUGCAUGUAGAGACUAUCCUCAUCCACGACAUCUCUGUGCUAAAUUUUCUUUCACGGCAACGCCUCAUGAACAGUACUGCAACCAGUGUCAUUGUUAUGUUUGUGAUUCACUGGCUCCAUGUCUCCAAUGGGGCACUGGCAAUUCCUUUAGUGACCAUUGUCAUGCCACCGCGAAGGAGGAUUUCUGGAACCAACAGAGAGAUAGCUUAAAGAAAAGUCACCAAACUAACUUGCCUGUUCCUAAAGUUCCUUGUACCCCAAUGCCAACAAACCAGUCUCCAGCAUCAACUCCCCAGAUAGAAUACCACAUACCCCAGGCUCAGGUCCCCGUGUCAGCACCAGUUUCAACUAUACAAUAUAGUACAUACCAGAAUCAGGUCCCCAAGCCAGCACCAAUAUCACAGUUACAAUGCCGCACAUCCCAAGCUCAGGCCCCAAGGCUGGCACCAAUCCAGCCAUGCUCAACAACUAAUAAGAUGCCAAGUAUCAGAGGCCAAAGAUCUGGGAGUGUUAUGCCUAUAGAUAAUUUCCAACCGAAUUUGACAUCGCUGCAGUUACACAACAUUGCCAACAACGUUCUUGUAAGCGAUAGAAGACAGACUGUUGGUAGUUUAGGUCCUCGAGUUAAUGUUCCUGCUGCUGUUUUCAAGAGGAGAGGAUCAUCUGGGGUUGCUUUGGCAGCCGCUCAACAAAGUGGUUAUUUAAACAACGCCCAUGGAUAUAAAUACAGAAGAAAUCCUGCUCUGGUGGCAGCACCUUGUAAGAGCAUUACAAUGAGAUCUGCUGAAAAGUAUACAGAGUCAAGCAAUUGCCAGCAUUCCUCUCAACAAUAUGUGCAGAAAAUACCUUCAAAGUUCAUAGCUUCUCAGCCUCCACUACAACCCCAUUUAUCCUCCCAGCCAGAUGUGGGCACCCCUUAUAUGAAUCCAGUGCCUAAGCAACCUCUGUUGCCUUGCCAGUUAAAAACAAGCAAUGUCUUAGUGAAUUCAACUUCACAACCUCAAAAACCAUAUCAUCAGGCAUAUGCUGGAGGAAUGGUUUCGAGGCAAAAUUCAGUCCAAUCCAGAGUUUCCUCACAGCUCAUCAGAACUAACAGCUUUGGAAAUAGAGCAUCUUCAGAAUCUCCGGUCUAUAGUCCUACUAACCAUGCUGCAGAUGGUUUCCAGGAUGUUUCUCAGCAACAAUAUCAAACUAGCAAUUUUGUGGAUACUGGUAUUUCAGGUGUAGACUUAAAUUGGGUUCCAAACAAAAGUCACGACAUCAGCCAACAGCCCGAAGCAGAAAACUUCCAACCUGAAGGCACGGGCUAUUUAGAUGAGUCUGAGCCUUUUGGUGAAUUUGACUCCUACUUUGACGGAAGCUCGAAUGAUGGUUCAUUUGAUUUUCUGCUAUAGAAUGCAGGUCUUUCUUCAGAACCAGUAAACCAGCUCUAGCUACUUCAAUUAUUGUAAUUCCCUGGUAAUCUUCUUAUUGCUAGAUAGUAUUGUUUAGAUAGCUCUUGAGUUUUAAUUGCACAAAGCAAGGUAUACCACUGAGGUUUUUUCUUGUCUUUUUAUGGUGAAGUUUCUAUAUCUUGACCAUUAUCUACAGUUCAUUGUUUAUAUCAAAUUAUUUCAAUCAGCAGUUUUUAAUGAUC